GCCAUGCCAGGCGCCUUCUCUCCAAGCCAGUGUUUUGAGAGAACAUCCUUCCACCAUGAACUUCUCAGGAAAGUACCAGCUCCAGUCCCAAGAGAAUUUUGAAGCCUUCUUGAAGGCUGCUGGUCUACCUGAUGACAUCAUACAGAAGAGAAAGGAUACCAGGGGAAUGUCCGAAAUUGUACAAAAUGGAAAUCACUUCAAGUUCAUCGUUAACAACGAUAACCAAAUCCAGGUGAACGAAUUCACCCUGGGGGAGGAGUGUGAGCUGACCACUCCCACUGGAGGAAAGGUCAAGGGUGUAGUGAAUCUAGAAGGAGGUAACAAGCUGGUAACAAUUUUGAAAGCAAUGAAGUCUGUCACUGAACUGAAUGGAGAUAUACUCACCACUGUAAGUGAUCAGGUGUUUCUCUUCCUGCUUGGUUGUGGGGGAUGGAUCCAAAAAGCAUUUGGAGAACAUACUAGGUGUCAA